CGGACCUCGGCAGCGGCACUAACAUCCCAACAACAACCGCCCCGAAAGGAGGAAUUAAAGGGCUGUACGGUAAUGGAGCGAGGUCGUGUGAAUAUCUAUUCUAUGAUUAGUCCUAGGCGCUUCUUCUUUACAGCCGAGUUAUAUACUUGAUAACUUGAACCCUUUCCAGUGAUCUCGAGUCCGACUCUCUGAGCCAACCUCGUUUCCCCAGAUCCUGAAGGGACCCUACCGGAUAUCUGACCUCGGUCCAUCAAAACUGACGGCGCGUGCCAUAUACUACAUCGAACUUUCGUCGCACCGCUUCACGCCGCCUCCUACCGCAUCGCAUCGCCCAUCAUGUCCCUGUCCAAGCCCGUGCUUCCGCAAAACGACAAUGUCGCCCACGCCCUCGCCGGCGCCGGUGGCGGUGUGCUGUCCAUGGCCCUGACCUAUCCCCUCAUCACGCUCUCAACCCGCGCCCAGGUCGAGUCCAAGCGCGCCGAGACGGCCUUCCUGGCUGCCGUGCGCAACAUUAUUGCGCGCGAGGGCGUCUCGGGCCUGUACUCUGGCCUGUCAUCGGCCCUGUUCGGCAUCAGCGUGACCAACUUCGUGUACUACUACUGGUACGAGUGGACGCGCGCCUUCUUCGAGGCCGCCGCCGCGAAAGCCGGCCGCGCGUCCAAGAAGCUGACGGCCGUCGAGAGCAUGAUCGCCGGCGCCAUUGCGGGGUCCGCCACCGUCAUACUGACGAACCCCAUCUGGGUCGUCAACACGCGCAUGACGGCGCGCAAGAACACGAGCGCCGAGAGCGGCGAAGAAAAGGAGGUCCUCCCCGGCGGCGGCGGCGCCGCACCAGCCAAAAAGGAGCGCAAGCCGAGCACCAUCGGCACACUGCUCAGCCUGCUGCGGACCGAGGGUCCCACGGCGCUGUUCGCCGGCGUGGUGCCCGCGCUCGUGCUUGUCAUCAACCCGAUCCUGCAGUACACGCUGUUUGAGCAGAUGAAGAACGCCGUCGAGAAGAGGCGGCGCGUGACGCCCACCGUCGCCUUCUUCCUAGGCGCCCUCGGCAAGCUGUUCGCCACGUCGGUCACCUACCCCUAUAUCACGGUCAAGAGCCAGAUGCACGUCGCCAAGGCGGGCGACAAGAAAGAGGGCGUCUUCGAGGCCAUCAGCAGGGUCAUCCGGGAGGAGGGGUACUCAGGGCUGUACAAGGGCAUCGGCCCCAAGGUCACGCAGAGCGUGCUGACGGCCGCUUUUUUGUUUGCCUUUAAGGACGUGCUCUACGAGUACUCUGUCCGACUGAGGCACUCUGUAGCCAAGAAGGGCAUUGCUGCUUGAACACGCCGUGCCAACAAUCCACGGCCACGGCGCAUGGAGACAGAUACCACGACGCUCUGAACGUUGAAUGAGGUUGGAGGAGGAUAGCUGUGACCGGUUCGAGGUUCGCGAAACGAGUAAGCUGAGAGGACCACAGGGGCGGAUCAACCUAACCACCAAGAAGGAGUACCCGGAAGGGAAGGUAUGCGUUGAAGAGAGCCAAAGUAAAGCACGCCUUUGUGGGAGUACCGGCAGCGAAUAUGGUAUUGUACAUUAAGCGUCAUAUGGCGUCAGGUUAACGGAGGGAGUGAGGCAGGGAACGGCAGGGGCGGCAAUAGUUAUCACAUUUCUUUUCCACCCAUACGCUGCCCCCCCUACCUAGCCUGUUCACGACAUGCACGUCGUCAUGGUCUUGGUGAAGUUCAUUGCAUCUCCCCCAUUUUGAGUCACCACAGUGGUUACGGCCAACUUUCAUCCGAACACGAACUUGAC